AAUAGUCUCAUCUUGAUGCCCUCUGGUCUCAUUCCCUUUCCCUUCCAUCUCUUCUCCUUUCACCAUCCCUCGCUCUCUCGGAACCCCUCACACACUGACCUGCGGGGAGAACAGAGGGAGAUCAUGCUGUCUGUACUGGCACUGACGUCCGUGGUGCUCUUGGGCAUAGCCUCUCAGACCACGGCUAUUGUUGUGUACACAAGCUGGGAGAGACAUGCGCUGGUGGGCACAGAUGUCAGACUCUCCUGCUCUUUCUUCUCUUGGCAAUGGACUUCUCCAGACGUAACCUUCUCAUGGCACUACCGUCCAGAUGGGGCAAAAGAAGCCAUCUCUAUUUUCCACUAUGCCGGCGGAAUACCCUAUGUGGAUACCAAAGGCCCGUUCCGGGACCGUAUGGAAUUUGUGGGGAACCCCAGUCGCCGCGAUGGUUCUAUCCUUCUAAAGAAUGUUGACUUUGCAGACAACGGAACCUUCACCUGUGAUGCCAAGAACCCACCUGACAUUGCUGGCAGCCCCUCUCACGUUCGACUGUUUGUGUUUGAGAAGGUUCCAGUCCAGGCUGGUGUGAUAACAGGAGCAAUUAUUGGCGUAGUGUUGGGACUGCUGAUCCUCAUUGUGGCAAUUUACUAUCUGAUGCGUUUCCUGGUGGCCAGACGAGUGUUCAGCUUGAGCAUGAGUAAACACGGCAGGAAAGGCAAAGGAAAAGAAGGAUCACAGCAAAAACAGGCUUUGGCUGUGACGGAUCCGGCCAAGCUGAAAGCGGCAGCGUCUGAGAAGAAGAAACAGGAGUCUCGCAGGGAGAAGAAAUAGGGAUUGUGGAGCAGAGAGCUAGAGCUCCAGAGCGGGGCCACCUCCACCCAGACCCAAGCCCAGGAAGAGGCUGCGGGGAUGGGCAGGCAGGACAGGGUUCUUAUGACCAUUGAGCUAGAGCUCACUAAACAGGAGAGAGAGGGAGGGCAAACUAAAACGAGUCCCGCUGUGGUCUUUUCUCAACUCGCGCGCAAAUUCACUCUCAAGUGAGAGAGACCGGUAUGAAAAGAGGGGGUGGUGGAGAAUUUUGGAGGCAAGGAGAUAAAGAUGAAUCCUUAAAAACAAGAGGACAGGAGAGAGGUGAAAUUUCUCAUUUUGAUUCAAUUCCAAAAAAAAAAAAAAAACUGUGUCCAAUCAAUAUGCAACACGAUAAAUCUACAAACACAAUAUCUAUACAUUUACUUGCAGCUGUGACAAAAUAUUUUAUGAUUAUAACAAAUAAUUAUUAUAUAGUUUGAUAUCAUGUGGGUUGUUUGUGUUCUGUCGUUGUUAUGUUCAGCUAUGUAGCUCCGCCCACAUUAAAAUCUAAUCACUCUCCGGAUUCAGUGAGGUUCAAAAUUCUGAAUAGGUUCAACUGUAUUUGUAUUUAUUUCAUUUCAAUGCAUUGUGAUUAUAAACUAUACAAUCAGCUUAACAAUUUGCAAGAAAAUAUUAGGAUAGUUUUUUUUUUUAUAUGAAUUUCAGAAUCUGUUAGUAUUUGAUUUGACUUUUGCUUUUAUAACAGCAGCUUUCAAGCUGCUUGAACUCCACAGUUUUGUGUAAAAACUGAUUUGAGAUUAUCAUUUUAAGUCCUAAAUCCUAAAGCCUUCUGGGAUGUUUCCAGGUUUAAAUGAGCUCAAAUCCCAGGUUUUUAUUGUGGAUUUUUGAACCCCACUCAUGUCGUAUAUUGUACAUCUGUUCUGUGAAAAUGCGCUCAGUAUUUGCUUUCAGGGAAAACAAGUUGUUGUGUUGCAACUGGUUAGGACACUUUUUUUUGUUUUUGUUUUUGGUUACAAAAAAAAUCACACAUUCACAACAAAACCCAGAGCUCAGAGCCGUCCAUUACACACACACUGACAGUUUGUGAGAGCUGUAAUAGUGGCAGAAUGGUUUCCCCUUGUUAAGUGACAGACAACUCUCUCUCUCUCUCUCUCUCUCUCUCUCUCUCUCUCUCUUUCUCUCUCUACACAUAUUCAAUCUUAUACAAGAACACAAUCCAAGCUGCACACUUUUCACACUUUAUACUUUUGUUACAAAAUGGUUUGGACACUUUAUAUUAACUGUCUUUUUUCUCAUUCCCUCCCUCUAUUUCUAUUUUUCUCUGUUUUACUUCCUGUCUCUCUGUUUUGUCUGUCUUUGGUCUUCCUAUUCUCUAAUCUCUCUACCUUUUGUUUGGUCUUUAUAUAAUAUAUACUUUGUCUUCUAUUUUUUCACUAUUCUUGUCAUUUGAUAUACUGGUGCUAUUACAUCACUUCCUGUAGGCCGGCCCCCUAAAGUAGCCUCCCUCGCCAUCCUCAUUUUACUGAGAGCUAAAUAUAGCACUAGAUCAUGGAAUCAAAUACACACUUCCCCACUGUUAAAAUUUCAUUUCAGUCACAUAAAAUCUAUUCAUAUUUUGUCCAACACACACUAACAAUCAUCUCAUGUAUCCCAUCAAGCAAUUUUAAGUGCUAUCCCAAUAGGUUUUUGACAGGAAUUUGAAUCUGAUUUAGAGUUGGUGUGUUUUUGCUCUGACUGCAGUGACUGAAAUACCCAAAAUGACGUCGAUACUGCUGGCAGAGACAUUCACGCGCUGUGUGAGAGUUACUUGAUACUCUAAGUCAAAUUCUCAUGUCUGUCCACACAAGCUGUUGUCUGACAAACAGCUGAUUAUUUUAACACUCUCUUGUAACUGGAGAGCUAUCUGUGUCUUCCUUCUGUCCAGUGAGGGCCGGCUCCUACCGUUGCACUUUUCCCCCAACCAUCUCCACACAUCAUUGGCAAGGCCCAUCACUCCAACAUGAGUCAUAGUUUUACUUCACCUCUCUCUAAUCCUCCUCUAACUAUCACGAAUGCUCAUCCACCACCACCUCUUGUCAUUCCCUGUUUCUGCUGGUAUUAGAAUUACCCCUGUGCUCUCUCCUGCCCCCUGCUGCCCACAGGAGAAAACAUUUUAAUUUGGCCGUACUGUUGCAAAGAUGUCAAUGCAAAAAAAAAUUGAAGUUCUUUUAGCUAGCUCUCUGCUGACUACGAUAGAUGCGUGUUUUUCACGACUUUUGCAUGUGUGUGUUUUAAGUCUGAUGAUAUGUCUGUAACCUGUCAACGUGUUUGGGGAGCAAAACUACAUAAAAACAACAUUGUAGAAACAUUCGUCAUGUCAUUGUUAGUAAUGACAAGCUGUGCAGCAGCACCCUGGGACUGUUUGUGUGUUGGAAGCAGAAAUAUAAUAGAGUUUAAUGAUGUUUAAUAAUAUUUCUGCACUUUCAUUUGACUGACAUGGCAGAAUUCAUGUGGUUGUUUCUUCGUGAAGUGUUUACCAUCAUGGUGUUGGCAUGUUAAGGCUGCGGGAAGUGAUGCAAUGAGGGUGGAAAGGUUUUUGGAUUUUUGAGAGAGACAUAAAUUAUGAAAUACUGGGAUGAAGACAUGGACUGAACUCAUAUUCAGGUGAAAAGUCAAGCCAAAGUACAAUAAACAUCUCAGUCUCACAGGAUAUGUUUUUCUGUUCAAGUCUUCAUGUCUAUGCAUGUCAGCCCCAAACCAGACAGGGGCUCUCAUUGGGAAUGCUAGGAAAAGCUAUAGAAUUGCAAGGGCUUGUGGGAAUUAUGUUUGUCAGCCUACAGACAGAUGAUUUUUAUGCAUCUCAGAGUAAAUGUCGAGCAGCCACAUGGUACCUGCCAUUAAACUGUGUUUAAAUAUCGGGGAAUUCCCAUGUUGUAUGUAUUGUGCACCUUUAUUGGUACAGGUCUAGGUAACCGUUCUUUCUUCAAACUCCAUUAAAAAGUCUAAUUAUUUUAUACAUUUAUUUUGACUUUAACACAGCUAACUUUGGAUUUCUGUAAAUGUCUUGUAAAAAGAAAAUCUCAAGUUAGAAUAAUUUCAGAAAAACGUCAAUAAAAACAAAAUCAGAUCC